GAGUCGUGAGAUUUUUCAAGCUGCACUUAAUAAGCCAGAACUGAUUCUUGUUGUCCUGCCACCUAUCUCUCAAUCGACAAGCAGUCAGAAGCCCACUAUGAAAAUCGGACUUGCUCAAUCAACCGAACCUUCAUGUGAGCUUGUGAUGAAUGAUGAAACUUCCAUAUCUCAUAGCUGCAUGACGAAUUCUGAAAAAUUGAAGGAAGCCGCCGCUGUAGCCUCUGCUGCUGCUAUCGAGGCUGACCGUUUAUCCACUGUCGCUAGGUUCCCAGGAGGCAAUUCAGCCCCGCCGCCUCCACCUCGACGUUCUCCCCACACAGUGCUUACACCACGACAAAGUUCCAGCUUUGUUCCCUCCAUCCCAUCUGGACUUAUUGGACCGUUGAUUGAUGAAACAUUUGCACAUCUUGCUCAUUCGACAUCUUCUUUGCCUUUAACAGCUUCGUCUCCGCCCGUUUCG